ACCAUUGCUAUUCCCCAGAGUUAUGCAUUCCUUCAGAGAAACCUCAAGGUAAUACAUGAAAGCUGCAAUGGAGAAGUCGGCUACUCAAAUCAAAGAUGGCGGGCACCUAAAGACCGGGCAAGACAAAAGAUCUUUCAUCCUUGGAAUCGCCCUCCUCUUCAUCGCCGUCAUCUUCGGCAUUGUCGUCACAGUGGUCUUGGUCUUCGUACCUCAGGGGGACUCUGAGAUGAUGACCGAUGAGGUCGAGAUUAUUCCAGUCCCACCUGGUCCAGGUCCUGCUCGUUCACUGGAACUUCUCGGUUUGGGACCCAAACUAGGACCGACUGGACUAGCUAAGGUGUUGUACAACGAGACGCUUGAAUACGGGUCUGUGUUUCAGUAUGGUGCUGGGAAUAUACAGCUAGUAGUCAUCGGUGACCUUGAUAUUAUGAAGGACGCAUUCACUUUGACUGAUAGCUUCAAUACACGACGUAUGGUCGUCAAUGCUAUGCUCUCCCCGCUUCAGAAUGAAGGUUCCACAUUUCAAACCAGUGGUUCUCCGUGGCUAGAGAUCCGUCAAUUCACGGGUCAAACCAUCCUACAAAGCAACUACCUCCAGACCUACAUCCAACCACGUAUCGACCAAUCAGUCGACUCCCUUAUGACGUCAAUGACAGCCAGGCAGGGCUCUCCGUUCAAUCCCGAAUGGCUUCUUCGGGUCUUCUUCGUCGACGUCAAUCACCGGAUCUACUUCGAUCAAGGUCUUGUGUACGAUGACGACGAUGACCAGGCGUUCGUCAACGAUAUUUUUAGUUGUCAGAAGAUUGUGUUCGAGCCGAAUGCGACGAUGCCGGCGUCACCGGUUCUUCGUUCUCAGCUUCCCCUAUUCCUCAACCCUCUGCACCGAUUCGCGAACCACACCAAGCUUUUUGCCUCCGAAGCCCUGUCCUCAUCCCCUACACCCCCUACUGAUCACCCUGACCCUGAGAGUUUGGUGGUCAUGUAUGAACGGUUCAUCAGUGGUCUCAGGGCUGAUGGGAAGACGACGUGGAGUGAUCCCGAUGAUGGCUGGAGGUUAACGGUGGAUCUGUUAUUCACUGGACAUAGUAGUAUCCCACAGAUAGUACGCUGGAUGAGUCUGUAUCUAGCGGCUUAUGAUGACUAUCAACAGAGGAUUGUGCAGGAAAUAAACUCUCUGGGUAACUACACCGACAUCACCUACGAAGACCGGUUUCGUCUUCCUCUCACCGUCGCUUUCCUGACCGAGGUCGAUCGUAUUCAUCAUCACUCUCCGCUUGGUGUUCCUCGUUUCGUCACAGCAAACGAAACCGUCAAUGGCUUCCACGUCGGAGCAGGCACGACCGUUAUCUCCAACCUAUGGCAGAUUUCAAACGACCCUGCGGUCUGGGGUGAUCCUCACGUGUUUCGACCAGAGCGGUUUUUCCUGGAUGAAACCAGCUCAGACCAGUAUGAACUGGAUGCCGACAAGUUGCAACUCCACACUCCGUUCGGUGUCGGGCUACGUUCAUGUCCAGGAGAGAAGAUCGCUCGCAGGACCCUCUUCAAGACCAUGGUAGCCCUGGUCCAGGAGUUCCAGAUAGUCCUACCAGAGGGAAUAGAAGCAGACCUUGAUCAGACAGGGGACUUCGCAGAACCCUACGAUGUCAAAUAUGUAAAAAGGGUGUAAACUGACAGAAACAUUUUCGUUUUGGGGGGACAGGAGCUGUUCUGGGGUUUGAGACGCUCAACCUUGUCAGCCCCCCCCCCAAAAAAAAAAAAAGAAAGAUUUAAAAUGAAUUUUAUAUAAGUCAUGUACAAAAUGAAAACAAGGAUUUCUCUUGUCCCCACUAAUCAUUCCCAACAUAUGUAUUUAUAACACAAGUCUAAAACGGUGUACUAAAAUUAUUUUACUUCAUGAAUUCCACACCAGUGAAAAAAACCUACAUGCAUCUGUUAACUUUUGUGGUUGAUAGAAGCUUAAUGGGCUUGCAGGGAUUUGCACAUUGAAAAUCUCAAAACUGAAUACUUUCCUAACACAACUGAGUACUUUCCUAACAUAUGGUGGCAAAAUAUUAAUUUAAAGCAAAAUUACAGUCAUUUUUCUUUUUAAAUUUGAAUUUGGCUACUGGCAGUGUUUUAAACACGUUUGUUGUGUACAAAAUAAGGGUUUUAAACUUUGUCUCAGGUAAAAAACCAGAGAGUAUUUUGAUCUGAAAUUGCACAUACUACAUGUACAUGUACUGUUAUGAACUCAUCUUGUUGCGACAGAUACAUUUUUUUAGGGUUUACAAAUUCCUGAUAGGGGCAUUAUUACAUUUGAUAGAAUGUAAACUAGUCUAGAUGGGACAUUAUUCUGGUAUAAUUGAGGAAAAAUAUAUAAUUAAACUCCUGUCUUCAUCACAUCCAGCUUUUUGGGGGUGCCAUCAUUAAGUUUAAUUUAUAGUAAAAAGUCUUUAUUUUGUGUCCCACAAGCUGUGACAAAAUCUUCUGGGGAAGGAUCAUUUUCAUAUGCAGCCACUUUUUAAUAACCUGCCAGAAUACCUUAGAGAUAAAGGAACAUAUGACAAGAUCAGGAGUAAUUUGAAAACGUAUCUAUUUACUUCUUUGUAAGAUCUCACAAUUAUGAACCCAGUGCACCAUUUCCAAUGCUUCUGUAUUCUAUUCUGUAAAGCACAUAGAGUCAUGUAAUUAUGCCUAUGUGUUAUGCGCUAUACAUGAACGUUAAAUUAUUGUCAUUGUUAUAUUUUCCCAUACAUGUUUAUGCACAAGUUAAAAUCAAACACUACAUUAAGAUGUAUGUAGAAUAUCUGACGAAUUACAACUCAUGUCUUCAUCACAUC